AUGCGCGUUCGUCUGCGCUCGCCAACACCUGACUGGCUGUGUACUGGCGAGGACGUGCCGGGGCCGUUGCUUGGCUCAAGCAGCGAAGAGCGUGAGCAAGUGGCCGUGCCAAACAAGAGCACAGAACGCUCACGUCGUCAUCGUGCAUUGAAAGGAGGUGGGCGCAAAGAGGGGAAACAGAAGCUCCUGCGCCGAAAGCGCGAUAUACUCGGUCAACGCAGUAAUACCCACUCCUCCUUCGCGCUGAGAAGUGCCGAACGCGAGGCGUCUCUCACCACCGCGCAAACGCUCCGCGAAAAAGCAGAGGUUGACGGCCUCCUCACGUACCUCGGCUACUUCGACCCACACCCUGGACGGCCUCCAACAGCACAGGAUACCCGCCACUCGUUUGUACGCCGGUACAUCUUGGAGCAGCUCGCACGAGUAAUGGCCGCUGAGGAAGGUGUCGUGUGUGGCAAAAGGAGCACUCGUGCGAACCCCGCGUACUUCGCGCGUCGGCUCGUAGCAGGUUGGGGGCAAAUCUUGGACUUAUGGGAGGCUGGCGAGGAGGAUGCACUAGGGCGUGCUCACGAGGAAGGCGCGCUCAUCCUCCGUGGUGCACGAUUCAAUGCAGCUGGAAUGCGCGAUAGGCUCUCUAUGUAUGAGCCGGCAGGCAGGACACGAUCUGGCCGACAGUUCUCAGCAUACCAGCCAGAGACUAUCGAGGCGCCGAUCGACUACGCUCGACUUCUCAAAUACGCCGUUGAGGUUCAGCUCAGCCCGGACGAACCUAUCUCAGAAGGGGCCGACCACGGCAAUUUGCACCGCGAAUCGCCGCCUUCAUCUGAGCCUCUGCGUAGCCCUUCCCCGUCACGGCGCAGCACCGUCUUCGUCGUCCCUUUGGACGAUCUUAUUGGUGAGAUAGCCGCUGCCGAAGUCGCAUCUGACCUCGGCGCCGGCCUCAAGCGCAAGGCAGGCGGGUCUGAUGAUGCUGGCAAUGGGGCGGAGAGUGCGCCCUCGCAGAAGAAGCGCAAGAAGAGCGCCGUUCAGAAGCAGAAGAGCAAAGUGGCCGCGAAGCUUCGGAAGAAGGCGACGGCCGCGGCUGCAUCUGCAUCGGGAGAGCUUCCUCGACGCCGCCCGGGCUUUGCAAAACACGGUGUUGACGUCGACGUCGAGGAGCCGGCCGUCAAGAUUGCUGCCCAUGCCUUUCGAGUGGAUCGGUGGGGGUAUGGGGCGAUCAACGACGGUUCGCUCAAAGACGUGCCGUGGACCGCGCAGGACCUCGACGCCGAGGGGGUUCGUUAUAUACGGUGGGACGGAAGGACUACGAAAGUGAUUCUUGAUGCAAAACGGCGUAUCGUGGCCGUGCUCCUCGCGCGUCCUCGUGAAACGCCUGGCCCGGACGGCAAGACGAGCUGGACGUGUGCGAUGGAGAGGCUUGCAGCGCUGUUCGAGCGUAUCCGCUCCGAACACGCGGGCGAUUGGAAGGGCGAAGACUACAACGGCCGCCGUGGCGAGUUCACGUCUUUUGGGUUUGGCUCUUCGUAUGGUGGAGGACAGUCGCUCCCGGGUAGCCUUCAAAAGGAUGGCUGGGAGGCCGACGUCGAGCGCGAGUUGCGCAACAACGAAGACCUGCAGCGUCUUGCACGCUGGGGCAGUGGUGAGUCUUAUAUCUUUACCCUUCCGUCCUCUUGCUCAUUAUCCAAAGAGGGUUUUGCCUCGUUCUUUCCAAAGGCGUAUGCAUUCGCCAACGACGUCAUGAAGCGGCUCUUCGCCCGCGGUGAGGCAACUCGCACCAUGCCCGGUAGUGUGUACGCCGCGUCGACGUGCAACCUCGGCCCACGCACGGUAUGCCUCGACCACACCGACCAUCUUAAUUAUCCCGGUAUCCCGUGCGUCAUCACGGGCUUUGGCGACUAUGACCCCGACGAAGGUGGCGACCUCUUCCUGUUGAACUUCGGGUUGCGCAUUAGGUUUCCUCCCGGUUCGACCGCCAUACUUUCGUCGGCUGGUGUACGACACGGCAACACCCCGGUUCCCCAAGGCCAAACCCGCUACUCGUACACCCAAUACACUGCCGGCGGCUUGGUUCGUUGGGUAGCGCUGGGGCAUCAGAAGGCUACGGGCAUGAGUAGUGCAUACCGCUCGAAGUUCUAUGGCCCUCCUGGGUCAGAUUGGAAGGAGCAGCUCUCGCGCUUGAGUAUAUACGAAGAGCUACCUGCUGAUCGUGCAGCGCUUGCAGCGUACUCCGAGGCAUAG